AUGAGUCUCUUAGUAUGGAACUGUCGUGGGCUUGGGAACCUGCGUACAGGGAAGGAGCUUGAAGUUUUGAUUCGGGCUAAAGAUCCCUCCGUCGUGUUUUUAGCCGAAACAUGGGCGGACGAAGCUAGGCUAAAAGAAGUCCAAAGGAAUAUCAAGUUUGAUAAUUUGUUUUACGUGGAAAGAAAUCAUAGAGGUGGUGGGGGUUUGGCUCUAUACUGGAAGAAUUCCACGGAUGUACACGUAGACUCAUUCUCCAAGUAUCAUAUAGAUUCAAUUAUCAACAAAGGCAAUGAUGAAGCAUGGAGAUUCACAGGUUUUUAUGGAGAACCAGCAACUCACAUGAGAAUUGAAGCCUGGAAUAAACUCCGACUACUCAACACGAAACACAACCUCCCUUGGCUAUGCGCUGGAGACUUUAAUGAAAUCACCAGACACUCAGAAAAAUUGGGGGGUAAUAACAGAAGCCAAGCUCAGAUGCAACUUUUCAGGGAUGUCAUAGAUGAGUGUGGAUUCCUUGAUCUCGGGUAUGUAGGCGAUCAAUUCACUUGGAGAAAGCAUUUUGCAGAUGGUCACUCACUGUGGGAAAGAUUGGAUCGAGGUCUGGCCAACCAUGAUUGGUUCAUGAAAUUCUCAGGUUCAAAAGUACAUCACCUGCACUCAGACUCUUCAGAUCACUUACCACUAUGGAUCACCUUGGAUGGUUUAGAUAUUCCUACAUUCUCUAAACCAUUUAGGUUCGAAGAAAUGUGGCUCUCAGACCGUGGGUGCUCAGAGAUUGUAGAAGCGGUGUGGCUUUCUAGGGAAGAUGGAGAUGUGCAGGAUCAUGUCAUUCGUAAAAUAGACAAAUGUGGUAAAGAAUUAAGAGAUUGGAACCGGAAUUGCUUUGGCAAUGUUAGAGUGGUGUUAAGUCGAAAGAGAAAGGAGUUAAAAGAUGCUGAAAAAAUAGCCAUGAGAUCCGGAAAUAAUCAACAGGUCAGAGAAUUGAAGAAGGAAAUUGCUGAGUUGGUUGAUAAGGAAAAUAGACUCUGGUUCCAGAGAUCCAAAGUCUUGUGGGCAAAAUUUGGAGAUAGAAACUCAAAGUUCUUUCACAGCCAAGCUUCACAAAGGAAGAGGAAAAAUCUAAUCCGGAAGCUUAAGGACUCCAAUGGCCAUGUGUUUGAGGAAAAUGAGGGGAUAGCGGAAUGUCUAGUGCAAUACUACCAGAAUCUCCUCAGUUCAGAAAACCAGCAAAUUUGUGACUCAGCUACAGACUCAAUCCAGACAGUGAUUACUGAGGAAAUGAACUCCAAGCUCUCCUCUGAUUUCACUCAUAUGGAGGUAAAGCAAGCCAUUAACCAAAUGGCCCCACUUAAGGCCCCUGGGCCGGACGGUAUGCCUCCUCUCUUUUAUCAACACUACUGGAAUUUAAUUGGUGAUGAUAUAUCUAACACGGUGUUGCAUUACCUUAAUUCUGCCUCUCUACCUGAACACCUCAAUCACACCUUUAUCACACUCAUUCCAAAAAAGAAGAAUCCUGAAUUUGCAUCUGAAUUUAGACCCAUAAGCUUGUGCAAUGUUUUGUAUAAAAUUUUCUCUAAAGUUCUAGCUAAUAGACUUAAGAAAAUUUUGCCUAAUAUUAUCACUGAGAAUCAAAGUGCUUUCACUAAGAGUCGCCUUAUUUCUGACAAUAUUCUUGUAGCUUUUGAGUCUUUACACAGUAUGCAGAGACACUCAGGGAAGGAAGGUUACAUGGCCAUUAAGCUGGACAUGAGCAAAGCAUAUGAUAGAGUGGAGUGGGGGUACUUAGAAUCUGUCAUGGUAAAAAUGGGGUUCACAGAUCAUUGGAUCAAACUCAUGAUGUUAUGUGUCAAGACGGUGACCUAUUCAAUACUGGUGAAUGGGGAACCUAAAGGCAUGAUCACACCAACAAGAGGCAUCAGACAGGGCGACCCCUUAUCCCCCUUUCUAUUCUUACUCUGUACUGAAGAUGAUAGCUUGCUGUUUUGCAGGGCCACCAACGAGGAGUGCCAAAGAGUUUUGGAUAUUCUGGAUGUAUAUGGGAAAUGCUCAGGUCAACGAAUUAACCGUAGCAAGACGACAAUCUUUUUUAGUAAAUCUACGAAGGUUGAGUCUAGAGAUCAAAUUAAAUUGGCAUUGGGAAUUCCUGAAAUCAUUCAGUAUGAGAAAUACUUGGGGUUACCUUCGCUGGUGGGUAGAAACAAAAAAGCAAGCUUCAAUUAUAUAAAGGAAAGGGUAUGGAAAAAACUGCAAGGGUGGAAGGAGAAACUUCUUUCGCAAGCUGGAAGGGAGAUUCUUAUAAAGGCCGUUGUUCAGGCUAUUCCAACCUACACCAUGAGCUGCUUCAAACUCCCAGUUGGACUUUGUUCUGAAAUUGAAAGCUUAAUAAGAAGGUUUUGGUGGGGGCAGAAAGGAGAACGGAGAAAAAUCCAUUGGGUGAGAUGGGACACACUUUGUCUUCCAAAAAAUGAAGGCGGAAUGGGUUUCAAGGAUCUAGCUAAUUUCAACGAUGCUCUCUUGGCCAAACAGGCUUGGAGAUUACUUCAUAAUAAGGAUUCUCUAUUCUAUAGAGUCUUUAAAAUGAAGUUCUUUCCAAACUGUAGUAUAUGGGAAGCUCAAGACUCUAGCUCUGGCUCACAUGCUUGGCAUAGCAUAUUAAAAGGAAGAGAUGUCCUACUGAAGGGCGCAAGAUGGAGGGUUGGGAAUGGAGAAAAUAUUAGUAUUUGGAAUGACGCUUGGUUACCAUCACAGGAGCACCCAAGGGUCCUUUCAGACAUUGUUCCAGGUUUUGAAGAUGGAAGAGUUUCUGAUCUCAUUGAUCCGAGUACAAGAACUUGGGAUGCAAAUUUAGUGCAUGGCUUAUUGUCAUCUGAAGAAGCUGCACUGGUUCUCAGCAUCCCACUGAGCCGUACCCCAGUGGAGGACAAAAUCAUUUGGCCCUUCACCCCCUCAGGUAACUAUACGGUAAACUCGGGUUCCAAGUUCCUAGCCAAACUAAACUCUAUGUUGGUUCCUGCAGGUAAUCCUCAGCAGCAAAAUGAGGUUUGGAAGCUGAUUUGGGAGCUUAAUGUUCCAAAUAAAGUACGAAAUUUCAUGUGGCGGGUUUGCAAAGAAGCCAUUCCAGCAAAGCACAAUCUAUUGAAGAGGAAGAUCCUAAAUGAAGAUAGAUGUGAACAAUGUGGAGUGGAGUCCGAAACAGCUGCCCAUGCACUUUGGAAUUGUACCAAUCUGGACGAAAUUUGGGAUAACACUCCAGGUUUUGAAGACCGUGACCAACUGGGCAUCUCAAACAUCACGGAACUAGUCAAGGUGACGCAUGAAAGAAGGAUGAACACGGAGCUCAUGGCUAUGGUGAUGUGGACGGUAUGGCACAGACGGAACCAACUCCGAGUAAACUCCAACGUCCUUCCCAAAGCCCAGGUUUUUCAACAAGCAAUGCAGGUCCUUGAAAUGUUCCAAAGGAGCCAACAAUCCCUCAUCAAUCAUGCAGCGAACAUGAGAACUCAGCAGCAUAUUCAGUGGCGUCCUCCUCCGGAUAAUUGUGUAAAAUUGAAUUUCGACGGUGCCAUUUUUCAGGAGUUGGGCAAAGCUGGUUUGGGUGUGGUUGUCCAUGACUCUCAUGGAAACGCCAUUGCCUCACUGUCUGAACAAGCCUCACUUCCAUUUGCACCAGUCAUUGUGGAAGCCAUGGCUGCUGCUAGAGCGAUUACUUUCGCACAAGAACUUGGUUUUAAUGAGUUUAUGCUUGAAGGAGAUUCAGAAGCAGUAAUAAACACCCUUCGUAGCCCAGAAGCUUCAUUGACAACUUAUGGUCAUCUUCUUGAAUCUGCAAAAUCCACUCUAGUUACCAGCAAAUGUAUUGCUUUUUCCUAUAUUCGUAGAAGUGGUAAUAGAGUAGCACACAACCUAGCUAAACAUGCUAGACAUGUUAGAGGUUUGUCGGUGUGGGUGGAGGACAUGCCACCACACCUCUAUGAUGUACUUUUUGCUGAUCCCGGUUGA